CUAGAAGCAGAGACUUAACGUAUAGUAGACCUACAUAGAAAGAAAGACCCAGGUAUUGUUAAAGAUGUCAAAGGUCAUCUAUGCUGAACCAGAUAUGAACAAGAAGGUGAAGUUUAAUAGAGGUGAGAUGGAGGAGAGGAUUGUGGAUAUCUACGUCAGUGCAGACACCCUGAGAGACGGUGAGACCAGCACCAAGAGAGAAGAGACAGCAUACACUGCUCCUAAUAAUGGACCAGGAGACCAGUACUCUGGUAACACACACACACUCACAAAACAUAACAUUAUAUUGUAUGUCUCCACAGAUCCUGAUAGCUCAGUGAAGAGACCCUUCCUAGUUGCUGCAGUGUGUCUGGGGCUGCUGUGUGUCCUCCUACUGGCUGGGAUCAUAGGCCUGUCUGUCUACUAUAACAGAGCCAUCAAAGAUUCUGAGGAUAAAAGGAACAACUUGUCACAGAGUUGUUCCCUUUAUAAGACUAACGCAACUGCAGAGAGAGACCAGUUACAGACCAGAUACAACAACCUGACUGAAGAGAGAGACCAGCUACAAACCAGAUACAACAACCUGACUGAAGAGAAAGGCCAUAUUCAGGCAAAGCUUUUUGUGAUAGAACAGCAUUGUCAGGAGGGAUGGAGAUACUUUGACUCCAGUUUGUACUUCCUCUCUACUGAGAAGAAAACCUGGGAAGAGAGCAGACAGGACUGUCUGGAGAGAGGAGCAGACCUGGUGAUCAUAAACAGCAAUAUGGAACAG